CAUGGAUACGCUUCCCACGAUACGAAGGCCGAAGGAGCUCAAAAAAUGGCCGGUGGAAAGGUGUCCUUCAAGGUCACGCUCACUUCCGAUCCAAAACUUCCGUUCAAAGUGUUUAGCGUACCAGAAGCGGCUCCGUUCACCGCCGUCCUGAAAUUCGCAGCUGAAGAAUUCAAAGUUCCUCCUCAGACCAGCGCUAUCAUCACCAACGAUGGUGUAGGAAUCAAUCCUCAACAAAGUGCAGGUAAUGUUUUUCUCAAACAUGGUUCUGAACUCCGCCUGAUUCCCCGUGAUAGAGUUGGAGCUUUUGGGACUUUGGGUGCUGCCUUAGUAUCAGGGUGAAGAGAUUGGACUACGUUCUCUACUCCAUUUGAAUAGAUAAUACAUCCUGGAUGUAUUUUCUCGAGUUUUCUUGGCUUUCAAUGAGUUGGGAGGAUUGUCAUACUCUCCUGAGCAUCAUAUUACUGUAAUUGGCUCUAAUAAAAAAGAUACUAAUUUAGUCAAUACCAUUAACCUGUGAGGGAUUGGAACAAUGGCUGGUUUAUAUAGAUGGACUUUGAGUGAAAAUGAAAGGAAGAGAAGGGCAGUUCCAUAAAUAUAUUAGGCCUGGUAUUGCCCGUUAGGAGAUGGGCCUGCGCCAA